AUGGGAGCGGUAAAAAUCACAAAGGGGGUGGUCAGUGCUCGACUGGAACUUCUGGAGAAAAACUGGACAGCUUUUUCCGAAACUCACAACGAGCUUUUAGAUGUCUUCUCCAAGGAAUCGGAGCAUUUCUACUUCCAGGAAGACUAUAUCAGCAUCGGGGAAGAAGCAUACCUGGCUCAAAAGGCAUUUUUACUGGAUCUUCAGGAGGAACUUUCUACCGGUAAGAGCACUCCAUCACAAAAUCCUUCGUCGCUGCGAGCCUUACCAAAAAUAGUGCUCCCUGUUUUUUCGGGAGAAUACAACAAUUGGUCGAAUUUCCGUGAUCUUUUCCAAUCGCUCAUCAUCGAUAAUGACUCGCUCUCGCUUGUCGAAAAACUCCAUUAUCUAAAAACAAGUUUAUCUGGUGAACCCGCUCUGUUAUUACAAAACAUUUCGGUUACCGGUGAUAAUUUUGAACGCGCCUGGCGGUGUAUUACCGAAAGGUAUCAAUAUCUACGAGUGCUGAUUCACGCCCAGCUUACUUCUUUAACAUCUCACCCUACGAUGAAGAAGGAGUCCGCACAAGAGUUGAAGGGAUUGGUUGACGGCACUACCGAUUCGGUUCAAGCCCUCGAAGCUUUGAAGCGGCCAGUCAAGCAUUGGGACGAUUAUCUGGUUUUCGUCAUCGCCGGAAAAUUGGACCCCAAAACCAGGAUGGCUUGGGAAUCACACGUCGGAGCGUCAACCGAACCUUCUACAUUUGAGGAGCUCAGAACCUUCCUCAUCACAAGAGUAAGAGCACUGGAGGCUGUGGAAGGUUCGGCCAUUUCAUCGGCGGCGUCCAGCGGAUGA